CAUCAGUUCAAAUUAUUUAUAAAUAUAAAUAAAUAGAUUAAUAAUAAUAAUAGUAAUAAUUUAAAAAAUAUAAAAUAUAUCUAUAUUUUUUUCUGGAACGAUAUUUGUAUAAAAAAAAUAAAAAAACAUAGAAAUAUCUUUGUUGUUGUUGUACUUUAUUCAUUUCUUUCGUUAAUAUAAAUAUUUUUUUUUCAUAAUAUAUCUAUAUUAAUAACACCUGUAUUUUAUCAUCAAAUUUCAUAUUCAAUUUCAAAUAAAAAUAGAAUUAAUCAUCGCGUUGAAAGUGUUAGCUGCCAUCAAAACGAUUGUGAUUUAGUAUAUUAUUUUCCGCCAGUAAAAAAUCAUCUUUUAAUUUUUAUAAUAUUUUUUAGUAGUUAGUUUUUAUAUAUACAAUUAUAUAUACAUUUCAAGUUAGAAAACAAAAUGGGUAUUUGUGCAUCAUCAAUGGAAGGCGAAAAAGCCAAUAGUGAUAUUAAUUUACAAAUUGAAAGAGAAAGAAAAAAGAAACAUAAUGAAGUUAAAUUAUUAUUGCUUGGUGCUGGUGAAUCGGGUAAAUCAACAAUUUCUAAACAAAUGAAAAUUAUUCAUCAAAGUGGUUACAGUAAUGAAGAAAGAAAAGAAUUCAAACCAAUUAUUACUAGAAAUAUUCUCGAUAAUAUGAGAGUGCUUUUAGAUGGUAUGGGUAGACUUGGUAUGACAAUUGAUCCAUCAAAUUCAGAUGCAGCAGUUAUGAUUAAAGAAUUAACAUCAUUACAAGCAUCAAUUGUAACAGAUUGUUGGGGAGAAUUAAAUGAAGAACAAGGUAAAAAGAUUAAAGCUUUAUGGAGUGACCCAGGUGUCAAACAAGCAAUGAGAAGAGCAAGCGAGUUCAGUACAUUACCAGAUUCAGCCCCAUAUUUCUUUGAAAGUAUCGACCGUAUGACAUCACCAGUUUAUAUUCCAACUGACCAAGAUAUUUUACAUACUCGUGUUAUGACAAGAGGUGUCCACGAAACAAACUUUGAAAUCGGUAAAAUCAAAUUCCGUCUUGUUGAUGUUGGUGGUCAACGUUCCGAAAGAAAGAAAUGGUUAUCAUGUUUCGAUGAUGUCACCGCUGUUGUCUUCUGUGUUGCUCUUAGUGAGUACGAUUUAUUACUCUAUGAAGAUAACGCCACCAAUCGUAUGUUAGAAUCUCUUCGUGUUUUCAGUGAUGUUUGUAAUAGUUGGUUUGUCAAUACCCCAAUCAUUCUUUUCUUAAAUAAGAGUGAUCUUUUCAAGGAAAAAAUCAAACAUGUAGAUCUUGGUGAAACUUUCCCAGAAUAUAAAGGUGGUAGAGACUACGAUAGAGCUUCAAAUUAUAUUAAAGAACGUUUCUGUCAAAUUAAUAAGAAUGAGCAAAAAGCUAUUUACUCUCACAUUACCUGUGCCACUGAUACAAAUAAUAUUCGUGUUGUAUUUGAAGCUGUUAAAGAUAUUAUUUUCACCCAAUGUGUCAUGAAAGCUGGUUUAUAUUCUUAAAUUUUUUUACAUAUAAUAAUAAAUAAUAUAAAUAAUAUAAAAAAAAAAACUAAAAAAAAAAAAAACUAAAAAAAAAACCAAUCAAAAAUAACAAAUAACAAAUAAUAAUAUAACAAAUAAUAAUAGUUUCAAAACAUGUCACCUAUAAUAUAUAUUCAAAUCCAAUUUAAAUUACAAGCUAAAAGCAAAUAAUUUAAUCUUUUUUCUUAAAGCUUUUUUUUUUUUUUAAUCUUUAUCUAAAUUCUUUUUUUCUAUUAAUAUUCAAAAAAUAAUUAAGUAUAAAGAAAAAAAAAGAAAAGAAAAAAUCUCUUUUUUUAUUUUUUUUAGAAUAAACAAAAAUCAAUUGUAAAAUUAAAACAAACGUAAAUAAAUGAAUAAAUAAAAUAUUUUUUUUUAAAAACAAAU